UCAACUUCUCUUCAUCCCCAUCAACGCUUCUCCAUCACAGUUCAUUAACUAUGGCGAUUUUUGCUAAACCGAAGCUUUUGUUUCUCUUCUUCUUGAUCCUUUCUCUUUUCCUUGCUUCUCAAUGUGAUGAUGAAAACCCUCGUGGCCAAGACCCGAGGCGCGAGCUCGAGAGUUGCUUACGGCAAUGCCAGGUUCAGAGUGAAAGACAAGAGAGCCCUGAACAGCAACUCCAAUGUCAGAGAAGCUGUGUUUUACGAUAUGAACGUCAACAGAGAGAGAAAUCUGACGAAGUGAUUGAGGACAUACUGACUCAUCACCGUGACCCUGAAAGUAUUUACAGAGAGUGCCAGCAACGUUGUCAGAGACAAGAACAUGGACAGCAGAGACAGUGCCAACAACGUUGUGAGCAGGAGUAUCGGAGAGAACAAGAACAACAACAUCGUGGCCACCAGAGUGGAGAAGAUAAUCAAGGACGAGAAGUAGGUCGUACGCAGCGUGAACCUGAGAGGAGAUUCAGAGAGUGCCAACAGAGAUGUCAACGACAAGAACAGGGCCAACAGCAGAGACAGUGCCAACAACGUUGUGAGCAAGAAUACAGGAGAGAGCAAGAACAACAACAUGGUGGCUCGGAGGAGAUCCUAGAAGAAAAUCAAGGGCGAGGCCAACGUGAGCCCGAGAGGAGAUUCAGAGAAUGCCAACAGAGGUGCCAAAGACAAGAACAGGGCCAACAACAGAGACAGUGCCAACAACGUUGUGAGCAAGAAUACAGGAGAGAACAAGAACAACAGCGUGGUGGCUCAGAGGAGAUCCUAGAAGAAAAUCAAGGACGAGGCCAACGUGAGCCCGAGAGGAGAUUCAGGGAGUGCCAACAGAGAUGCCAAAGACAAGAACAGGGCCAACAGCAGAGACAGUGCCAACAAAGUUGUGAGCAAGAAUACAGGAGAGAACAAGAACAACGACGAGGCGGCGAGGAGAGCCAAGAAGAUAAUCAAGGCCGUGACCCCCAAAGGAGAUUCAGAGAGUGUCAGCAGAGAUGUCAGCAACAGGAACAGGGACGCCAACAACGGAGACAGUGCCAACAACGUUGCGAGGAAGAGUUCAGGAGAGAGCAAGAACAACAACGACGUGGCCAGGAGACGGGAGAAGAAAGGGAGAACCCACAAAGAGAAAGAGAAGAAGAGAACAAUCCCUACUUGUUUGAGUCUCAGAGGUUUAGGUCUCGAUUCAGAGCCACACAUGGUGAUUUUCGAGUUCUUGAGAAAUUCACCGAAAGAUCUGAACUUCUCCGAGGAAUAGAAAACUACCGAGUUGCAGUAGUUGAAUUUGAGCCUCUGUCUUUCAUGCUUCCUCAUCACUGUGAUGCUGAAGCCAUAUUUGUUGUGGUUAGAGGCAGAGGAACUAUAAGUAUAGCAGAACAGGAUGAGAAGAACUCCUUCAACUUGGAGCAUGGAGAUGUAAUCAGAGUGAAUGCUGGUUCAACAGUGUACAUGCUCAACAGGGAUAACAAUGAAAGGUUCUUUGUUUACGUGCUAGCCCAGGCUGUCAAUACCCCUGGCCAAUUCCAGGAAUACUUCAGUGCUGGAGGUCAGAAUCCAGAAUCCUUCUACAGAGCUUUCAGCAGCGAUAUCCUGGAGACUGCUUUCAAUACCCCAAGGGACAGAUUAGAGAGGCUAUUUGGGCAACAAAAACAGGGGAUAAUAAUCAAAGCAUCUGAAGAGCAAAUUAGAGCAAUAAGUGAACACGCUUCGCGCUCCACUAAGCAACAAACUAAGGGUCAGACAACAGGUCCUUUUAAUCUGUUGAAAGAACGCCCAUUAUUCAGUAGCAGAUUUGGACAGUUCUUUGAAGCAUCUCCAGAUAGAUUUGAACAGUUGAGAGAUUUGGAUGCUGCUGUUGCUUUCAUGAACAUCAACCAAGGUGGAAUGGUACUACCAUACUACAACACAAGGUCAACAAGGUUGGCAAUGGUUGUAGAAGGAAACGGGCGUUUUGAAAUGGCAUGUCCUCAUCUUGGUAGCCAAAGCCAGAGGCAAGGGUCCCGUGGAGGAAGAAGAGAACAAGAACGAGAACAAGAAGGUGGAGAUGUCCAUUACCAGAAAGUCCGUGGAACUCUAUCAGUUGGUGAUGUUUUGGUUGUCCCUGCCGGUCAUCCUAUUACCUUUAUAGCCACUGGAGGUUCAAAUCUCAGGAUAGUUGGUUUCGGCGUCAAUGCUCAUAACAGCAGAAAGAACUUCCUUGCAGGACAACAAAACAUAUGGAGAAAUGUGGACAGAGAAGCAAAGGAGCUUUCAUUCAACAUGCCAGGAAAGGAGGUAGAAGAAAUCUUGCAGAGGCAAGAUCAGUCUUACUUUGUGGCAGGACCAGAACAGCACGGCCAGCGGCAGAGGGAGAGGGGUGAAGAAGGAAAGGGACAACAGUAUCUGUCUUCAAUUUUGGACUUCGUUUUCUAAGUUGUAGAUUUGCACGAGGCACUAGCUAGUAAUGAUGCAGCUGUGAGAACUGAGAGCUUUGUGAGUAAAUAAAUAAAGGCUCUAAGAGUAGUAUUGAUAUAACUACUACAAAUAAAUGUGGAUGUGGGUCUUCCUUCUAAGCUAAGGUUGUAAGCGUUUUUGGCUUCUUGUAGUUCUUUAUCAUGUGCUAUGUAAGUUAUGUGAAAUAUAAAUAAAACUCCUCUUUUAACCCCCAAA